AAUAAUAUUAGUAUUUACUAUUUUAGUAUUCAAUAGUUUAAUACCUAUUUUCUAAAUUUAAAAUUAUAAUUCACUUAGGUACCGUCAACAUGGAAUACGAAUUCAAAGACAGAACAAAAGUGAAACGGCAUCGAAAGCCAAUUAACAGGACAACCAAACGAACUAUAACUUUUGAUGAAAAAUCUAGAAGAGAUUUUUUAACUGGAUUUCAUAAAAGAAAGCUUGCAAGAAAAAAGAAAGCCAGAGAUGAUUUUGAAAAGAAACUUAAGGAAGAAAAGAAAAGAAUCAAAACUGAGGCAAGAGAAACAUUUUUAAAAUUGACUAAUUCGCAUCCGUUUAUCCCAGAACCUCUURAUAUGGUCACAAAAGAAUAUAGUUUGGAAAAUCAUACAGUGCAAAUUUGUGACUUGUCAACAGACGAGAUUGCAAAAAGUAACAAUUGGAUUGGAUCAAAUCAGGUAUUAAAAUGUACCUUUGUACUUUAAUGUUAUAUGAAAUAAAAACAAUUGUGAUCACCUGAU